AUGGGGGCGGCGGGCGGCGGCUCGCUGCGCCUGCCGGGGCUGCACGGCUACGCGGCCGAGUUCUCGCCCUACUGGCCGGGGCGCGUGGCGUGCGCCGCCGCGCAGUACUACGGCAUCGCAGGUUGUGGAACUCUGGUAGUGCUGGAACAAAAAGAAGCUGGGAUUGUUCUUCUCAGAAGUUUUGACUGGAAUGAUGGUCUAUUUGAUGUGACGUGGAGUGAGAACAAUGAACACGUGCUCAUCACUUCUAGUGGGGAUGGAUCUCUGCAAAUCUGGGAUACAGCUAAAACCACAGGUCCACUGCAAGUCUAUAAGGAACACACUCAGGAGGCAUAUAGUGUUGACUGGAGUCAAACUAGAGGAGAACAGCUAGUGGUAUCUGGUUCAUGGGAUCAAACAGCCAAGCUGUGGGAUCCAGCUGUGGGGAAGUCAUUACGCACCUUUAAAGGCCAUGAAGGGGUCAUUUACAGCACAAUAUGGUCUCCACACAUCCCAKGUUGUUUUGCAUCUGCCUCAGGUGACCAGACUUUAAGAAUUUGGGAUGUGAAAGCCCCCGGAGUCAAACUCGUGAUUCCAGCUCACCAAGCCGAGAUCUUGAGCUGUGACUGGUGCAAGUAUGAUGAGAACUUGGUGGUGACGGGCGCAGUUGACUGUAGUCUGAAAGGAUGGGACUUGCGCAACGUCCGCCAGCCCCUGUUCGUCUUGCUCGGGCACACCUAUGCCAUCAGGAGAGUCAAAUUUUCACCAUUCCAUGCCACUUUGUUGGCCUCUUGCUCCUAUGAUUUUACUGUAAGAUUUUGGGACUUUUCCAAGCCUAACCCUUUGCUGGAAACUGUUGAGCAUCAUACAGAAUUUACAUGUGGACUAGAUUUGAGCCUUCACAACUGUGGUCAGGUGGUGGACUGUGCUUGGGAUGAAUUAGUGAAGAUCUAUACGCCGUCGUGCCUGGCAGCUGCUGUAUAGAGAGAAGGAGCAGAAGACCUGGCACGGUGGGAAUCCUCCUGUCCAACCMGACUUGCACUAAAUGCAUCAAUUGUGUCACUAAUCUCAUGUCCCUUUUAAAGCAAAAGACUGUUUUUUAACUGAAAGUGUUAAGCACCUGGGAAUCUAGGAAUUCUGGGACUCUCUUGGCUCUACAGGGAGUGCUGGAGCCGGCAGGAUGUGGAGCGGCCGCCGCGGGGCCCGAGCGGGUGUYAGCUGAUGCCUUCGGAGAAGAGUCACCCACCCCAUCCUGAGCCGAUGAUCUGACCGUCACGGGAGGAGACCGGUGAAUCGUCUUGAUCCUUGUUAAGAAUAAAAGUAACUGGCAGUUUAUUUUUAGAUAAUUGUCACUGUAAAAAAAUAAAUAUAAUAAUUAAAAAGUGUCUUCUUCCUGGAAGAUACUGUAAUGGCAACAAGGCUUGUAUCACUCAGAUUAGUAUUGAUAAGCUUUGCUGUGACUCACGUUGCAUUAUUGUCUUGUGCAAUAUGACAGAUACUCUUGAUAGACAGUAAAUGUCAUACUUUAUAGCCAGUUGAUUCCUUUGGCCUUUCUGAUUGCUGCCUCACGAAGGCGGUGAAGAUUUUUUUUUGCUUUAAUUUGGCUCCUCUUGAGUAAAACACUUGAUGAAGUCAUGCAGAAAGCUACCCUGUUGGUGGAAAAUGUGCUGCGGGCUGGG